AUGACACGAAUGAACCAAUUACUUUUCAUCUUUGAAAUAAAGGUACUUGACAACGUUUCUUUACCCGAUUUACUUAUUUCCCAUCGUGAUACAAACGUAUUGAAUAACAAACGUUCUAUUUGUCGUAAAUUUGCUUUAAUUUUAGAGUUAAAAUUAAGGUCAUGGCUAACAAAUUCCUGA